AUGACGGCCAAAGGCGUUAUGUCUAAGGAGGCAACCAACCUCGAUCCGCCAAAAUAUGAUCCAAUUUCUGUGGAGGAACUGAGCAAAUCGGAUGGUACUGAUCCCAACCGCGCUACCCUCGUUGCGAUUAAGGGCGUGGUCUUCAAUGUCUCCGGGAACCCGGCUUACGGACCGGGUGGUAAUUAUCACGUAUUCGCCGGGAAAGACGCUUCGCGAGCGCUAGCCUCUUCGUCACUGAAACCGGAAGACUGUAGACCGGAGUGGGAAGAUUUGCCCGAUAAAGAGAAAGCUGUCCUGGAGGAGUGGUUCACCUUCUUUAGCAAACGGUACAAUAUUGUGGGGAAGGUCGAAGCCGCUACAAAUACCUAG